AGCAACAUGGCGCCGAAGAUGAAAGUUGAUCACAAUUUUCGUUGUCGUGAAGCAGAAAAUUGAGAUAAGUGGUUUGGGAGUAAACUCAUGGCGAGGGCUGGAGGCUCAAAGUCUUCAGUCUUAACUUCCCAUUUGCUUAAGAGCAGAACUGGUGAAUUUGAUCUGGAGAGCAUCAGUUUCCUGGAUCUCAGUGGAAUGGGGUUACAGGACAUCAGCUGUAUUGGUGACUGUAUGGGACUUCUGCAUCUGGACAUUUCUGAUAACAGCCUCUCUGAUCUGAGUCAUUUGAGUGAACUAAAGCUCCUUGAGACAUUGAAUGUUUCUUGCAACAAACUCUCCUCCCUCGAUGGAAUUGAAGAACUUUCAAAUAUAUCUUCUUUGAAUUUGUCUGGCAACAUGAUAACAAGUGUUAACAGCCUUUCAUGUUUGACCAAACUGGAUCAUUUGCGAGUGCUUAGACUUCAUGACUCAGUACAAGGAUUUUCAAAUCCUGUUUGUGCCUCUCAAGAGAACUACAAGAAAGUGGUGUGUAAACUUUUACCAAAGCUCAGGACUCUUGAUGGUGAACGUGUUAGUGGCAAAGGAGCAGACCUGUAUGAGAUGUGUGAUGAACUGGAUGCAAUUCUCAGAGAUAACGAUUUGCAAACAGAACAUGGAGUUGCUCUCAAAACAAUACCAUGGAAUACAGAUAAACUGCUUUCUCUGCCGCAUACUUCAAUGCAAGAUAAGAGUGUGGAGGAAGCUGAAAAAGGAUUUAGUGAUGUGAUGCUCCAGUGUAAGAAGAUCAAUGAGGAUGCGGAGAAGGCCAUUCGAAAUGCCAAAGAAGCGUUGUGGAACCCCUGACUUCAUUCUGUAAUUAUCGGGUUUGCUGCGGCCUCGGUUUGUGAAAGUAGGCCUAAAUUACCGUGCAUGGAUAGAUGUUACUGCUACGAUUUGUUUUUGCUUGACAAGGCACGCAGAAACGAGGGUUAUUUACUUUUGAAAGAAAGUAAGAGCUGUCCUGGUGUAGUUACUGGAGCGAAUUGUACCUUCUGCACAGUGUUCAGGUAAUGUUCCUGAACGAGAAUGGCUUGGACAAAACCUCGUCAGCCAAGUUGUGUUGAAACCGCGUUUGAAAUUGGACGUCAAACUUGAAUGACGUAAGCUGCAUACCAACCAGCGGAAAAAAAAGAUGACUUUUGGACAGAGUUUCAAAUUCCACCAAAGACACUGGAAAAAAUACCCCUUUACACCCAAGUAUUGUUUUGUUGUUGUUGUUUUUUAUAAUGCGUUGGCUUGAAGUACUCUGAUCUCAGUCAGUUCUUAAUUUCACGAGAUGAUAAAAGUUGACAAUCGUGAAACUUUCCCUCGCAUAUAGACCCAGAGAUGUUAGGUAUUCAGUUAACCGAUUGAAUGUGAGGUUAGUAUCUCUAUUAAUGCAUCUAUCUGAACUAUCUAUGAACAGAUGUUAUAAAGCCCGUUGGUCCUAAGCUUCUGUGCAAUAUUUUUAACGUCUUGGGCACACGAUCUUCAACCAACCACUGAGAAGUUCUUGAGGAAAUAAACAGCCGAGAUUGUCAUGGUUAA